UUAAAAAAAUUAAUCUUAACCCAAUUUACCGACCCGUCCAACUCAGCCCAUAAAAAUUAACCCAACGUAUAUUGUUUUCUUUGUCUUUUUCUCUUCUCUUUUUCUUCCUCUCUCAAACCCUGAUCUGGGUUUGUUUCUGCCCUUGAGAGUCCGUCCUAUCCCUUCAUGAACCGAAAAUGAUGGUCUUCUCCUCUGCGCCAGCACGUUCACCAACACCAAUGACGCCACCACCUGGCCGCUCAAAUCACCGACUCUGGAGCUUUGCCAUCCCUUCGCCUAACGAGUCUGGGAAGAAGAUCGAGAUAUACUCGCUUGCAUUCUACACGGCUUGUACUUUUGGAGGAAUCCUCAGCUGCGGUCUAAUUCACAUGGCCAUCACUCUUCUUGACCUCGUCAAGUGCAGUAUGCAGGUAUAGAUCUAGUUUCAUUCUUUUGCUUAUUUUGCAUUUUCUAUGUGUAUUUUCUAAGUUGAUUCGAUGGUUUUAGUGUUGAUUAUUUUUGAGAUUAGAUCUGCAGUUGGCUUGUAUGUGAUUUGGCUGGAAUCGCUUCUUUUCUAGAAAUUCUUUACUCUUUUUAAUCUAUGUUCCUUUCUAUUGGUUGGGUUAGGAGAUCUCGGCUUUGUUGUUUAGUAU